UGGACCUUCCCGGAUGGCAACGGCCGGCGGACCAACGAGGAAGCCCUUCAGCGGGCCGUGGCUGGUAGCAGGCGGGGGCCUGCGGAAUACCGCCCGGUUCUGCUGGAGGGCUGAGGAGGAGGUGGGCACCUUCCCCGACCGGCUGGCCUUCAUCCGGGAGGUGGCCUUUGAAGCACUGGGCCUUCGUAUGGAAGAUAUUCUUUGCAUACAGCGGAAUGGCCCCUUCCAAUUCUUUGAGGUCACCUUGUCCACCGAUGACAGCUACAGCAAGGUCCUGGAGCGGAGCAAGGCGGGGGCCCAGCACCCUCUCCUUAGACGGUAUACCAUCGAGCCUCUGUGGUGGCCCGACAAGCGGCCUCCCUUCUGCCGGCAGUGCCACAGCUUUGGACACACCCUGGAGGGAUGCGCUAACCUGCGCUGCCGCAACUGCCUGGAGUCGGGGCACAUGGCCAGGGACUGCAAGGGCCCCCGUCGCUGCAUUCACUGCAACGGCGAGGACCAUCUGGCUCGUUCCUGCCCACAGAAAAAGACUACAUAUGCCGACGCUCUGUCGGGUAACAGAGCAGUCGGCACGGAGAAUGGUGGGGGAGCUCUAGCCCCCACGACUGGGCAGGAACAGCCGGCGACGGGGGCAGGAGGAGAAGCCCUGGUCGAGGUGGAGGAGGCCCCUUCGAGUGCGACACCAAUGCAGGAGGGGUCUCCGAACAAGGUGGAGCAGCUCGCCCUGGCUCCAGGCGUCAGCAGCAGGCGAAAGAAGAGCGGUGCAUCCCCCCGGGGGAGGAAGAAGAGCAGAAGGGAGGCGCAACCCGACGCAUCCAGCCCUCCGGCUGCCGACAGUGUCCCCCCUCCCUGAUGUUAGAGGCCCCCCGUCUGGUGUGGGACUUGGGACAGUCCCCCGCACCCCCCCAGGAGUACAGCGGUCAACAGGACACUGCUAAUGAACAGGAGUACCUGGGGGGGCUGAAAUUGGGGGACCUUUUGAGGUUGACUGAGGAGGGGGGGCAGUAGGACAGUAUUGUUUUUAAUGGCUGGCUUUUAUUAUUUUAGUUUGUUGUUUUUAAUUGUAUUUUAUUAUUUUAACAUUCUAUGGCCAAUUUUAAUAUUGUCACCUUGAAUGUAAGGGGUUUGAGGAACGUUUUUAAAACGUACAUCUGUUUUUAACCAGCUGGCAUCUUCUCCCUUCAGCAUUUGUUUUCUGCAGGAAGUCCACCUCCGGGACCAGCGGGACGAGGCUCUCUUUUCACGACAGUGGAAGAGGGGUAGAUCCUACUGGAGCGUAGGUGGCGUCCACUCCUCAGGCAUCGGGAUCCUUUUUGGCGACCGCGCCUUU